CCCAUCGCCACAGCCGUAGACACAGCCAUACGGGCGCUGGCGAUGGCACACAUCGUACCCAAUAGAGUGAGACGGCUGUCCGGGGCGUCGGCCGACACCAGCCCUACGAUAACACCGGUUCACUCAGAUAUGGAAAUAUCGGACAUCGAUGACAGCACUGAUUUGUUAGACCCGCCCGAAGGCGGCGCUGACCCGCCGGCCGACGACCCGCUUCCCGACGAAGAGUUUUACAAGAAUUUUGACUCAUUGGUGGACCGGGUGUCCGAUCUGAUUGGCGCCAACACCGCGUCGGCUGCCGAUGACCACGACGUUAAGCCAUUGAUCGCCGCUGAAGAUCAUACUGUUAUAGCACUCGAUAUCAAACCUGAAGUAAAACCUGACGUAAAACUUGAUAUCAAAUCGGAUAUUAAACCGGAUAUGAAACCAAUUGCGGACAACUCGGCUCCCGAUAUGACCUCUAAUAAUGCCAGUCUAGCACCGGGUGAUAGUGUAUCACAUAUUGUCGGCCAACUAGUCAUCAAACAGUUGAAAAAUGAUAUGUCCGACCAAACACUUAUUGAUGUUAAGCCUCUGCUAAUAGAUCCGAGUCUACACACAGUGUCUGACCAGUCAUUGGCCACCACUUUAAGCACUCAAACCGAAGAGACGGCUAGUGUUGAACCAAUUGUCACUCAAAUACCGCCACUGAUAGUGAAUGACAAUACAAACGCUAAUAGAGCUGAACAGUCAUGUGUUGGCACAACACCUAUCGGUGCCAUCAUUUCAGACACCGAUAGCCAAAGAAUAGCCACAACUAAUCAUAAAAAAAGUGUCACAAAUACUAUCGAAGAAGUGAUUGUUAGGCAAGAGAUGGGUGUAAACAGUGGUCAAGAGUUGAGCGCACAUUUGACGGCACCGGCGGAUGACACUAACCAAUCAUUUUCAUCCAUUUCAAGCACAGAGAGUAACCCAACGCCGAACUCUGGUCACAAAAAUUGUGGCAAAAAAGUGGUCAAAGAGUCGAUUCCGGCGCCGAUCGGUCCGCAAAGGGAGCGACACUUGACGCUCGAGUACUACCGGCGCCGCAAAAAGCGAUUACGGGAAGCGUUUCGCGCCAAACGCGGCGUUGAUUUCACCGAUUCGGACAGCGAUAGCGAUUCCGACGCCAAUAGUGACCACUCUUUAACGCCAUUCGACGGUUUACUGCGAGACGUGUCUAAACGCAUGGCAUCUAAAACUACUAGUUUUUUGAAAACAGUCGUCCGAUCGCCGCCGAAGGCGUCCACCUCUACCGCGACGGACACCACCCGUCGCUCUCGGAGUUUGACGUCACGCGAUGGCAGCGCUCACUCAGCCAGUAGUCAACUCCCGGAGCCGUUGCCGACGGUGUCGUCGACGACGAGUGAACGGCGCAGAAGAACAAGAGGAAGAAGCAGUACUUUGAGUGACGGAGAACUGAUAGACGACGAGAGUCAGGCCGAUAGUGAGCCGGAGUACGAGUGCCGCGAAUGCCGGCAGCCAUUUGGCCACAACCGGUAUGAAUACAACGAACACCAGUAUGUCAUUCACGGCGAGCGCCACCCAUAUCGGUGUGAUUACGACGACCCGCACCGACCACUUGACAAGCGAUGCGGCAAACAGUAUGACCGGGCGUUUGAUUACGUACACCAUCAGCGCCGGCAGCACGAUCUGCGCGUGCGCUACGAGUGCGAGUACAGCGGGUGUGACCAGUAUUUCGAUCACAGGUCGGCCAUCAAAGAGCACAUCCAUAGAGCACACGGAAAACAACUGCCGUUUGUCUGCGAUCGGGCCGACUGUGGCCAGAGUUUUGGCCGCGAGACACAACUCUACGCCCAUAAACGUGACGAUCACUAUCACGUGCGGAACGGCCGCCAAAAGGCUGAUAGUCUUGAAGUGACCGUUCCGUUGGCCUUUCGCGGGAGUCGGUCGGCGCCCGACGGCCACAAUGAGGGCAAACAUUGCGGUGAUUAUCACAAAUGCGAUGCCAAAGACUGUGGACGAAGUUUUGUCACCAAAAAGCUGCUAAAUCUGCACAAACUUCGUCUCCAUUCCGAGCCUAUUGUCGACCAAUCGGUUCCCAAACCAACGUUAAAGAUAUGUCAAUACGAAUGCGAUUAUAUGGACUGCUUUGGAAUGUUUGCCACCGAAGAGAUACUGCAAAAGCAUAAGAUGUCUGUCCAUCAAAAGCACGACCACUUGUUGACAUCGGCUCCAGAUCUACCAACCGUUUCAAUUGAUAGCACUAUAUCUGUGACCACUACUCGCUCUCAACUCACAACGGGUGGCGUAACGCUCACCGACACAGACAUCAGUGACGUUAUCAGCGAAACGAUUCCAGCGCUCGACACCAUCGGCUCGACGGCGGUGAAUGACAUACGGGUGCCGGAGAACACGACCGGCACUUUCCUUAACGACUGGCCGGUGUUGACCGCAACUGAUCCGCUACCCGUACAACCGGUGGCCACUACUUCCAGCACCGGUCCGUCUAUGACAACUACCGACGGUACGGACCGAUCGCCACAUACGACGCCGGCUUUCAAGUGCGAUAAAUGUCCCAAACGUUUCCAUUGGGAACGUAAUCUCAAACAACACAAACUCACUGUUCAUCGACGGGCGCCCAACACAAGUGCCACCCGAUCUUUAGCCGCACCUAUAGUCCCGAAGACUAGCACUCGAUCUCCAUUCACAUCAGUAGUUCCGAAAGCGAGUACUAGUGCGGCGACCAAUGCUUCCGUACCGACCACUGCGGCCGCUAAUAGCGCUGCACCGGUGGCCGCAAAGCCGGUGUUCCGGUGCGACAAAUGUGCCAAAAGGUUUCGCUACGAAUACAAUUUAAUACAACACAAACUGUCCGCCCAUAGUCUGGCACUGCCCUACCGGUGCCGUUACGAGGGCUGCGACAACGCUUACGGCACUAAAUACUUAUUACAUCUACACUUAAUAGAGCACCGCAUAGACAGCCGUACUCUCAAUAGUAGGCUAAAGGUCAGCACCCGUACCGCCAGACGAUCGCCGGCCACGUCGACAGUGCCAAAGGCCAGUACGGGUACGACAACGACGGCGACCGAUACUGUUUACAUUACGACCCCCAACACCGCCGCCACCGAUAGCACAGCACCGGUGGCCGCAAAGCCGGUGUUCAGGUGCGACAAAUGUACCAAAAGGUUUCGCUACGAAUACAAUCUCAAACACCACAAACUGUACGCCCAUUGCGACCAACCGCUGACCUACCGGUGCCGAUACGACGGCUGCGCCAACACAUUCGCCACUAAAUACCUGUUGAAUCUGCACUUAAUUGAGUUUAAAAGUCAUCGCAUCGCUGGCCAUACGGAUAGUAGUCUAAAGACCAGCGCCGGUACCACCAGUCGAUCUCAGGCCACGUCCGCAGUCGCGAAGACCAGUGCGGGUACAGCGGCCGCGACCGAUACGAAGGCCACCAACCAUUGCCUAUCAAUCACCUAUCGGUGCCGCUACGAGGGCUGCGCCAACCCGUACGCCAGUAAAGCCCUAUUGAAUCGACACUUACGGCUGUUUGAAAGUCACCGCAUAGACAGCCGUACGCUUAAUAGUCAGCCAUCGGUGGCCAACACUGGCCGAGACGGCGGGCGAAAUGCUUUAUUACCGACACCGGCGGCGGAAAGUGCCGGCGAACUGAUAGAGAGCCGUACUCUGGAUAGUGAGUCAAUCGCCGGCAGCACAUCCCGGAGCGGACAGUCGACACCAUCCGAUGAAUGCGACGGUGAACUCGAGUGCCGCGACUGCGACGCCCGGUUCCUAACCCUACGGGCGCUUACGGCCCAUAAAUGUGCGCCACUUUUUGGCGCCCCGGCCUGUGAUGUAGACCUACGCGACCCGAGUGUCCAACACUGCGACCGCGACUAUAGAGAGCGCCUACACCUGAACUACCCGUGCGAUUACGACGGCUGUCGCACAGAGUUUAGUAGUUUAUCGCUAUUGAAUGCACACAAACAAGACUGCCAUUGGACUCAAUGGCCGGACAAUUGA